AUGUCGCUGACGAAAGACAAUGCGGAGUAUACGAACAAGCUUACAGAUGACGAACAAGUUCGCAAGUAUGCUGAGGGGUUGCUCUUUUUGGAAAGUACCGUUAACACCGUGAUCAAGAUGCCUCUAUACAGCAAGCUGCCACAGGACUUGCAGGAAGUGGAUGUGAUCAUCGCUGGAGGAGGACUGGCUGGCUGUGUAGUUGCCGGACGUCUUGCAGAAGCCGAUCGGAACCUGUCCAUACUUGUCAUUGAACAGGGCCCGAACAGUUAUGGUCUACCAGAGGUUGUGCAUCCUGGACUGUAUCCGCGGAACCUCUUUCCAAACAGCAAAGUGACUUUGUUCUGGAAGACUCGCAAGUCCGACAAGCUUGCGGGCCGCUCCCCGAUAGUCCCUUCUGGUGGGACGCUGGGUGGAGGCUCUGCAAUCAAUUGGAUGGUCUACACAAGGGCUCAGCGCUCAGACUUCGACUCAUGGGCUACGCCUGGAUGGACUGCCGACGAGAUGAUGCCGUUCCUGAAGAAGAUGGAGACUUAUCACGGAAAAGGCGACCCUAGUACACACGGUUCCGACGGACCUGUCAACAUCUCGAAAGGCACGCACGUAUGUAGUCGCGCCGAGAAUGCCUUCGUCGAUGCUGCGGCAAAGCUUGGAUAUGAGGAGGCGAAAGACCUGCAGAACCUGGACGCAAACAAUGCCAUUGAGCGUUACUACAAGUACAUCGGACCGAACGGGAGGCGCCAGGAUGCAGCACAUCGCUAUGUGUACCCGAAGCUGUUCAGCAACGAUUAUCCGAACUUACAUGUCCUGUUCGAGAAGCAAGUGGUCAAAGUCUUAUUCGAUGAGAACAAACGAGCGACUGGCGUUGAGUAUCAGACCAAUCCAACAACUCUAGCAAACCCGGAGUUUCUUUCCACUGGAUAUACUGCGACUCGUUCCAUCAAGGCGCGAAAGCUUGUCGUUGUGUCUACAGGCGCAAACGCGACGCCGGGUGUGCUCGAGCGCUCUGGCCUCGGAGAUCCAGAGGUCCUGAAGGCCGCGAAGAUUCCUGUCGUAGAAGAGCUUCAGGGCGUUGGAAAGGAUUAUCAGGAUCAUCAUUUAUCUCUCUGGACGUACCGAACUAAUCUCAGUCCAAAGGAGACCCUGAACGGCUACCAGGAUGGUCGUGUGAACAUCAAUGAAGCCAUUCGCAACUCAGACGAGCUCCUAGGCACGAACGGUAUGGACGCCCAGGGGAAAUUCCGUCCCACGGAAGCAGAAGUCGAUGCUUUGGGACCAGAGUUUCGGAAGGCUUGGGACAAGGAUUUCAAGAACAGACCUGAUCGUCCGCUUAUGAUUCUUGCGGUCUAUACCUGCUACUAUGGUGAUCACUCUGUGUUGCCUGAUGACGCGGAGUACAUAUCCAUGGCCAAUUGGACAACCUAUCCGUACUCUCGAGGUACGAUCCACGUCACAGGCCCGACCAUGGGCGAUCAAGUGGAUUUCAACACGGGCUGGCUCACCGACGCCAACGAUAUCGAUCUUAAGAAACACGUCUGGGCGUAUAAGGUCACGCGUGAGAUGUGGCGUCGCAUGCCCAUUUUCCGCGGCGAGCUCGCGAGUUCUCACCCGAGCUUCCCGUCUGGCUCAGCCGCGGCCGUUGUGGAGAAGGCUGAUGGUCCGUUAUAUGCUGAAGAUGACAAAGAUAGCAGAAUCAAGUACACGAAGGAAGACGACGCCGCAAUCGAGCAGAAGAUCCGCGAGAUUGUCUCGACGACCUGGCAUUCCCUGGGAACGGCCAAGAUGGCACCAAGAGACAAGAAUGGUGUCGUUGAUGCAAGCCUGAAUGUCCAUGGGACUAAAGGGUUGAAGCUGGCCGAUUUGAGUAUCGCACCAGAAAAUGUUGGCGCGAACACAGGCAACACUGCGUUUGUGAUAGGAGAGAAAGCUGCAGACAUCAUUGUCAAUGAGUUGGGUCUGUCGGCCAAAAGCAAUGGUACAAAGUGA